ACACACACACACACACACACGAUACGGACAGGCAGAGCCCGGAGGCGGCGCAUUGACCUGCUCUGCUCUGCGUCAACGAGCCAUCCUGAGAUGGAGAUGUCAGCGGCUACAGGUGGCCUGGGGAUGUCUGGUCACCGUCAGCACUCCGGCACAGUGAAAAGGAGGAGGUGGGGUGGUUUGAGGCAGCAGUGGAAGCUCCUGGGCUUGUUUGAGAUCGAUCAGCAGCACGAGUUCUACAGUCUGACCUGCAUGAUGAAGGAGGGAUUGGCAGCAGCCACCCAAAACACCACACACAACGCACCUACAAAUGAACUGUCAGAUGAUGAUUUCAGAUUAGAGGUCACUCAGAUUCAUAAGGAUUUUACAAUGGAGACGUUUGCAGGCCCGGUGUUUGCUAGCCUGCGUGGCUCUUUGGGAAUGACAGAGCAGGAGUAUCAGCAGUCGCUCUGUUCUGAAAACUGCUACCUGCAGUUCAUCAGCAACUCCAAGAGCAAGGCCGACUUCUUUCUGACAAAUGACAAACGCUUCUUUUUGAAGACCCAGAACAAAAGGGAAAUCAAAUUCCUUCUGGCCAACCUGAAGAUCUACAUGGAACAUCUGAGGAAAUAUCCCCAUUCACUGCUGGUCAAGUUCCUAGGUGUUCACAGGAUCAAAAUCCCACACAGACGGAAGAAAUACUUCAUUGUUAUGCAAAGUGUGUUUUAUCCAGAUGAUCGAAUCAAUGCCAGGUACGACAUUAAGGGCUGUGAGGUGAGUCGCUGGACAGAGCCUGCACCAGAGGGAAGUCAGAUUAUUGUUGUUCUCAAAGAUCUCAACUUUGAAGGCCAGUACAUCACUCUGGACCGGCAGCGUCCCUGGCUCCUGCGGCAGGUGGAGAUCGAUACACACUUCCUCCAGAGGCUCAAUGUGUUGGACUACAGUCUCCUCCUGGCUCACCAGCCCUUACACCACGAUGAGCGCCACCAGAGUCUCUCCUUUGCUACUCUCAUCAUGAGAACCAAAAAAUCAGUGAAUCCAGGCUCCAGCCCUCUCCAUGCAGGCAUUGCUGCUGUCCCUGGGGCAGUCCCAGAAGAUGACUCCACCUUACUUUUGUCAGAAAGAGAUGGCAGAUGUCUGAGGCAAUCACAAGCAGGAGAUGCAUCAGGUGGUGGAAGCCUUCAAACAUGCCCAGACAGUGAUGCAUCUGAGCUUCCUGACUUCAGGACUCAAAACCGACGUUUACUGCCCAACUUAAAGAAUCCUCUGCAUGUGAUCGAUGGGCCCGAGCAACGCUACUUCAUCGGCAUCAUUGACAUUUUCACAGUUUACAGUUUUAAGAAGAGACUGGAGCAUUUGUGGAAGAGGCUGAGACAUCCAGGCCGGUCCUUCUCCACCGUCAGUCCGCAGACUUACUGCCUCAGGCUAUGUCAUUGGGUACAAGACCAUACCAAGUAGACCCUGCAUGAGUGGUGGAGACUUCCUACCAACUCUAACUACGCAUGUCUAAACAACUAAAUGGUCACACACAUGCACACACAAUCAUUUCAUCUUCCACAUGCUCAUAACACAAGCCUGACUUAUAUUGCUUUGUAUUUGUUCCAUUUUGAGCAUAGAAAAUAUUAAGAAAUCAGAUUAUAAAAUAUCAAAUAUUUUCUGCAGGCAUGUAAAUUAUAUUUUGUAGAGAAAUUUGUAUCAAUACAAUGAGACUGCUGAUAUGCAAAGAAUCAUUUCAAACAAAGAAAGUAUUUUGUACUCACCAAAUUUAUUGCUGUCUACUACAUAGUCCUUUUUGUGAAACAGUCAAAUAAACAAAACAAACUGCAAAUGUGUUUAAACCCACUUUGUGUCCAACUUUUAGAAACAGCCAAAACCAACUCCACUUCUCCAUGUGGCUGAAAUUACGCCAUGUUUUCACAUGUUGAAAGUGCUGGCAAACUUUAAAUAUACUGUAGCAGGGAUUUUGAAAGAGAGUAAAUUAAUGACACUAAAUAAAAAAGAUUAUUAUUGUGAGCCUAUGCGGAUAUAACAAACAUUAAGUUAUGUUAGUAUAACAAGUAUUAUAUAAGUAUAAUAAGUAUUAUAUAGUAUAUAACGUAUUGAGCACAGAACAGAUUUUUGUUUACUCAGAUGAAAUGAUUAUUUGCAUGAUAGUAAUUUCUCUACAAUAUAUCAUUUUGCAAAAGACAUUCUGGGUUUAAAAUGUUGCAUUGUGCACAAUUGGCACAAAUAUUAUUAAUUAAGUACUUUUCCCAAAUACAGUACCAAACAUGAUUGUGACGCAUUAAAAAGAGGAUAAUAUUCUCCUUGCUUUAAAAAAAAAAAAGUAUUCCUUAUGAUGUGUCUUCGUAAAGAAAAGCAUAAAAAGACUUUUAUAGGCUUUACAUGCAGAUCUCUGCCUGCGCUCUAUUUCAUAUAUUUUGUAUGUGGCUGCAUUAGAGGGUUUAAUAAAUACUGAAUGCUCUUUUUUUGCAAGCAAAGAGUGUCCUGAAACAAAAGAUGGCUGAAACAAUCCAUGUUUUCUAGCAUCAUCAGAAUGAAGUUGAUUUGCAGUGUUUUUAGUAGAUUUUCAUUUUUGAAGACUUGUGCAAUGGAAAGGCAAUUUAAGCACAGAAGGUCUAUACGUUUUCCUGUAGUUUCACAUUUUUUUUCCCCAGAAGGAAGUAGUUUUUUCAUUAGUGAUGACCUCAAGGCAACUUACGUCAGUGAUCAUUUAAAAGUACAGAAAAAAAAACAAAAAACUAAAUACACCCUCUCUGUAAAGAAGGUUCAGGUGCAAGCAACUUGGUUUUGUCAUUCAAGAUUAGGCACAGCAGCUGCAAACUCACGUUGUCAUGUUUUUUAUGCGAGGCAUAGCUCUGAGCAAAGGACAUUCUAGUGGCUACAAAGCCCUGAAGGGCUGGAUGUAGAUAUGAUCCUAUUUAUUAGUAUUUAUCAAUAGGUAUCUGCAUACAUGGAUGUGUUCUCAUGUACAGUUUGCACAAAUGAUCCACUCUGACAUAGAUUUUGGGCUGCGUGUGGACAACUCACAUGCUGACAAAUGACAUAGUCAGGUUUCUCAUAGAAACCCCAAAGCAGAUCAGACACAGAGCAUCCAGUUUUAAGGUUUUAUUGAAAAAUAAUAAUGUAAUGGUGUGGUGAGGGGAGGCUGGCAGAUGGAGAGAGGGACUUAAAUGGAAGUCCCGGGGGUUUCAGGCUGCCAGGUGAGCUUAACAGGCAAGACAGAUCCAGGUCCUGAGUUGUUUCCUCAGUUGGCCUGCCCAGUAAGCCUUAUUACAAGCCUGCUUUUACAUAUUCAUGUUGUCUUUAUGUGCAUUGUACAAAGUAAAUCCCCCUGUUCCAAUGGACGAAUGUUACACUCCUGUAAUGCUGAAGUAAAGUUGAGUGCAUGCAAAAAAAUAUUUGCAAGUACCACUUAACAGUCAAAAUCAAAGGUUAAACUGAGAUUUCCUUAAUACGCUUAAACGCAAGAGAAAGUAUUUCUAUGUAUUUCUUGAUUUUAGCCAUUUGCGUGUUGAAGAUUCUGUUUAAUUUAAUGCCACUGUAAAGACCAAAUUUCUUUGAAAAAAAAAAGCCCACCCUGAAUCGGACAGAAUGUAAUCAGUUUUCUCCUCUGGAACUCAGCAGUGCCUCUUUAGAAUUUGAUACUUACUAUUCAUUCACCUUAAACGUAGAAAUACAUUGAAAAUGAACUAAUUUAACUUACAAAUGUUAUGUUUGCUUUACUGACCAGUAUGAUUUUUAUGCUCAUGUAUGAAUACAAAGAAUGAAACUGUUAAGCUGCUUAUUUUUGAUGAUGCCACCAACUUGCACACUGUCAGCUAGCAGAUAUACAGAACUCCUACCUUGCUGUUUCACUUUUACACAAUACAGUACACACAACACUUGUGCAAAUAUUGACAGACAUGCUGAAAUCUUUGCCUAAUGGAUAAAGGGCAUGCAGGAGAUGAGCUGUAAUUUUCCUUUGGUGUUCCAUCACAUCACACAGAGAUACCCAGUGACAGGACAACCUGGCACCGGAUAUGUCAAGACUUAUUGAUGUGGGCGAUUCCCACAUCAAGGGAAAAGGGCCCCGUUUGAAGAGAAACAGGAAAGGUGUCAGUUCUCCUGCAGCUGCAAGGCAAAUGUAUCUCAUUUUGCAUAUACUAGUUACUAUACAACCCAUGUCAAAUCUUUUUCUGUAUGAAAAUGCAUGUAAGCUCAUGAGGAGAUAAUAUCUCACUGGUGCAAGUCAUUAUUUCAAAAUGAAUAAAAUACAGUAAAUGUCUUUAAUGUGCCUUA